GGCUUAGGCCUAGAGAUGCCAAGAUUCACCGAAUGCUGGCGUUGUGGAAAAACACCUGCUAUAAUAGAUUGUCGUUCUUGUAACGUUGCAAAAUACUGCAGUAAAAAAUGCAAAGAGGAUGAUAUUGCGAGGCACAAUGACGCCGAAUGUCGUCCAGUGUCAAUAUUGAAAACUUGUUCAUCAUGUGGUAAAUCUGGUUCGUCCCUACAAACUUGCACUGGUUGUUAUCGAGCUUUUUACUGCGACGUGAAAUGCCAAAGAAAUCAUCGGAAAAAACACAAAAUCGAAUGUGAACGUAUCAUCAAUAAAAUAGAACUACUGGCUGGUAUGCUUCAAGUUCGUUCACGUUUGGGACGGACUUGCAUUCAUUACUACUGGGGGAACGCGCCAGCAUACGAUUAUCUUAACUUACUGGAGAACGAGGGUGUCGAGUAUGAUUCAGAUAUGAAUGUUCUAGUCCUUGGUGUUGGUGAUUUACGAAAUAUUGUGCUCACUUGUGCCUCUCUACCCAAGAGCUUUACAAACAAAGUCAUGUUUGUAUUAAACGAUGUAGACAGAUAUGUGUUGGCAAGACUAGUUUUACUGCUCUAUAUGAUGAUCAAAUGUGAUAAAAGCGUUAGUAAGAUUGUGACAGAAAUUUGGUAUUCGUUGUCACUAAGCGAAAAAUCGUACAACUACCUCAGUACAUCACUCAAGGGACUUCUGGAUUUCAAAAGCGCAAAAUAUUUUAUGAAUUCAACAGACGGAAUAGUAAAUUUGAAUGAAAGCUGUUUCAAAGAAUUUCAAGAAGUUUGGAGACGAUGGCUUGACUUAAGAGUGGAAGGUGCUUCAACCAUCCGAAAGCAACGAGAGGCAACAAUGAAUGCUGAUUUUAGUAGUAACGAAGGCAAACGUAACUAUUAUGAAAGUAUUCCUAAAGAGCACGUCCCUUCCGCUAUGAAAUAUAUGGAAGAUGGUGUCUUUCAAGGCACAUCAAAUGAUUGUUAUUACGCAGAAAACCCAACACUCACUGGCCCUCCUGUAUAUUUCAAAGACUCCCCGUAUGUGUAUUGCUGUCCAACAAGUGUGAUUCCAUUUGUUGGUUGGGAUUAUCUUGACGUGAAGAAAUUAAUUCACACGAAUUCACUGGUCACUAUGUUUGGAAACUACAUCGAGAGCAAGUUAAAAAGUUUUAUGGAGAAACUUGCAUCGAAACAAGUGAAUUUUGAAAUUAUUUGUUGCAAUUGUAUGGAUAUAGAGGAAGUCCUCGACAAAGAACGAAAGUAUGAUCGAAUUUUAACAUCUAACCUCAUGGAUUACAUUUUUCUUCCGGAAUUGUUAAGAGUUUUCUCUGGCUGGCUUAAUCGAAAGAAUCCCUACGCAACUUUGAUAACAGAGUCGCAAAACUGGCAGAUUUUCUGUCCAGCGGCUGAUGUUGACAGCGCGCUAAUAUCUCAGCAAAGGGCAGCUCUCAGCAGAAUAGCUUUGCAGGAUACUAAAGAUCCAAAGUUUGCUGAAGAUGUUCAAACAAAUUUCAGGGAAUACUUGGAUAACUCUCAGGAAAUGCAAGAUUUCCUCCGUGCCUUAUUUUAUGCGUAUCGCAAACGCCGAAUAGAAAAAAGCAAGCCAAAAUUGCCAAAAUUUAAAGAACUUGGAAAUGAGUUCCAAUUGCGUUUGCGCGAUGGCUUCCGUAAUGAAAAUAGGAUUGUUUUCUUUAAACCGGCGGUCAAUCGACGAAGAGUCACAAUGAUUACAGGUCUUGAACGAUACAUGGAGUGGGUGUGCAUAUAAGUAUAAGUAUUAGAUGAAAUCAUUGUCAAUUUAAUUCAUAUGCAAAAAGGCAAUGUAAAAAACUUUAUGGGGCCGAUUACAUAAAAUUAUAUUGUAAAAAGGGAUCCAGGGUAAGGAGGAAUAAAUUACCACAGCUUAUAAUCGCAAUUGCAUUGAUUAAUUGGCGGAUUUUCAUUUCAUAAUCUUCUCUGGAAAUCCCUAAUCAACAGCAUCGUUU